UUUCCUUUUUAAAAUUCUCCUUCCUCUGACCAAAGGGGGAAGGGGCAGAUGCUUUUCUUCACCUCAUUUAAUUUCCCUCGUUUUUAAUUAAUUAGAAAAUAUAUCACAGAUCUGCAGCUGACUGUUUUUCUUUCUUUCUUCCCAGAAGAAUAAUGGUUGCGAAUUCUUCUUCGGAUAAUACCGCACUUUCAGAAACCGCGAAUAAUCAGAAGCAGAAUUGGGCUUCAUCCCCUUCCACCGUUUUCAAUCACUUCGCCACAAGUGGACUUUCGGUCGCAAUCGCAACAUCAAUUACCCAUCCCCUAGAUGUAUUGAAAGUGAGGCUACAAAUGCAACUUGUUGGCCAGAAAGGUCCUUUGAGUGGAAUGGGACAACUAUUUUUAAGUGUGGUGAAAAAUGAAGGACCUAAGUCGUUGUAUCUGGGUUUGACGCCUGCUUUAACAAGGUCAGUAGUUUAUGGAGGACUACGCUUGGGUUUGUAUGAACCCUCUAAGAAUGCAUGUGAUCAUGCUUUUGGCUCCUCCAAUGUUUUAGUUAAAAUUGCUUCAGGAAUGUUUGCUGGUGCUUUUGCAACUGGACUGACCAAUCCAAUGGAAGUUCUCAAGGUGCGUUUGCAAAUGAGUUCAGACAUGGGAAAGAGUGGCCCAAUUUCGGAGCUUCAGAGGACUGUAUCUGAAGAGGGAAUCAAAGCUCUGUGGAAGGGGGUGGGGCCUGCCAUGGCCAGAGCCGCUGCCUUGACGGCAUCCCAGUUGGCUACCUAUGAUGAAACCAAGCAGAUUCUAGUCAAGUGGACAUCUCUCAGAGAAGGAUUUCAUCUGCAUCUAAUCUCAAGCACAGUUGCAGGAAUACUGAGCACCCUAAUAACUGCACCCGUGGAUAUGGUUAAAACACGUCUCAUGUUGCAACGACAAUCCAAGGGUGGUAUAAUAUACAAAAAUGGAUUUAACUGUGCAUACCAGGUUUUGCUUACGGAGGGUCCAAAGGCACUAUACAAAGGGGGCUUUGCAAUAUUUGCAAGAUUAGGACCACAAACCACAAUUACAUUUAUAUUAUGUGAGGAGCUAAGGAAACAUGCUGGGUUGGAAGCAAUUUAAUGACCGUAGUUUCCUCUGCUGACUUUAUUGAUUCUUGAAGUUCUGAAUAACUACUCUUUUUUUGCAAUCAAGCCGUAGUUGAAGAAUUCUUUUAGAUAGUUAUAUACAUUCCACAGUGGCUAUUUGAGGUUUAUUCCCUGGAGAACCGAAUCAUAUUUUUGACACACAAUUAAGCAGACCCGUUUAAGAAGAGAUUGAUCUACUCGAGCAAGUGGUUAUUGUUGUACUCCCUCCCAUAAUACAAACAAAAGGAUGUUGAUUCUUUUUGUACUAUUGUUUUUAUCACCAUGACUGUAUUAAUCUAAAUGGAAAAUUGAUAUUGACCAACCUCCAGAUUGAGAAGGGACUGACUGAUUUUUUAGUCUCUCCGAUACUGCUGUUUAGUCUUA